AUGAACUUGGUGGACACUGAGGACUGCUCGUCUCCUUCCUCCUUCCGAAUUGGCCUCCGCGAGGCUCGCCGCAAAAAUCAAAUGUUUGGUGCCUACGAGGAGGCCCUUUCCGUCAGCAUUCGCUAUCUGCUCCAGGCGCCUACGAGUCAACAAUAUCCUGCUCAUUCCCUCCCUCCCAUCCUCGUCUCCGCCAUCACUGAUUGCGACGUCUUAAGCGAAAUGCUUGUUCUCCAUGGCGGCUUCGUGUUGCGUGCAUUCAAAAGGAGACAUCUUGGUGAGUUCGAAAUAGCAUAGCGUUAUGCCGUAUGAUAAUCAAUGUUACAACCCCACCUAAGUAAUCCUUCCUAAUCGGAAACUCCAUUCAGAAUUUCGAUCAACAUUUCAUGAGACCGGUCACGAGAUGUAUCUGCUUUGCAUGCCCCAUUUUUAUGCACUGUGGAUGGAGGCCUAUUUGCUGAAAAUUUUGGAACGACACUUGCAAAAUGAGAUCUAUCGUGCUCCCUCUCUCCCUCUCCCUCUCUCUAACACAGGCGAAAGAACGAAUGAUGUUAUAUAA